UGAAUUUGUAGGAAGGAUUGCGCUCAGUUGGAGCGAGAGACAGAGGGGGAAAGUGAGCUGGGUUUCCAGAGAGGAGGGAAGAGACAGAAACCAGGACAGACGGAGACAACUUUCUUCUAGACUCUCACAUUUUUUUUUCACGAAGAGAGAUUUUGUGCGCUUUGAGAGAGCGGCGGAAACAGCGCACAAGUUAUCAAGUCACUGUGAUCUGAGUCGCAGGAUUUUUUUUGGAGGUGCUCGAAAUUAAAUUGUGAGUGCAGUGGAUGUGAAAAACGGGCGAAGGUUUUAACACAGAGCCGGAGGAAUGUAUCCAACUCGGGCAGCGGCGUGCCAGCGUCUCUGGAGAUGUCCAGCCUGCGCUCUCUGGAUCGCCCUGCUCCUACAAAGUGUCCUGGACCUGAGCGCGUCUGGGUCUGAGUUUCCCCAAGACCCCAGUGUGCUAGCUACCACUUCAUGGAACACCUCUAGUGAUGGGCCCUACUUUAUCCGUCUUGAAGCUCCCUUGAACAACAUCACAACGUCUCUGGGCCACACAGCCGAGCUCUUUUGUCGUGUGUCUGGCAACCCGCCACCCACCGUGCGCUGGCUGAAGAACGACGCCCCGGUUGUGCAGGAGCCACGCCGUGUCUCCUAUCGGUCCACGCCUUACGGAUCACGCCUCCGCAUCCGCAACCUGGACACCACCGAUACGGGCUACUUCCAGUGCGUGGCCACUAACGUGCAGGGGACCGUGUCCACUACAGGCGUGCUGUUUGUCAAAUUCGAUCCACUCCCUACACUUCUGACACGAAAGCCAACGGAGGAAUUUGAGGAAGAUGGAUUCUGCCAACCGUACAGAGGCAUAGCCUGUGCCCGCUUCAUCGGUAACCGCAGCAUCUUUGUUGAUUCACUGCAGAUGCAGGGCGAGAUCGAGACCCAGAUCACAGCUGCCUUCACCAUGAUUGGGACAUCCAACCAUUUGUCGGAUCGUUGCUCCCAGUUUGCCAUCCCCUCCCUCUGCCACUUUGCCUUCCCGACAUGCGACCGCAGCUCGGGAACCGACAAACCUCGCGACCUGUGUAAGGACGAGUGUGAGAUCCUGGAGAACGACUUGUGUAAGACAGAGUACAUCAUCGCCCGCUCAAACCCUCUGAUCCUGAAGAGACUGAAGCUGCCCAACUGUGAGGACCUGGCUGCCUCUGACAGUCCCGAGGCUGCAAACUGUCUGAGGAUAGGCAUCCCCAUGGCUGAGCCCAUCAACAAGAAUCACAAGUGUUACAACAGCAGCGGGGCAGACUACCGCGGGACUGUCAGCAUGACAAAGUCGGGGCGUCAGUGUCAGCCCUGGAACUCCCAGUAUCCUCACAGCCACACCUUCUUGGCUGUCCGCUAUCCGGAGCUGAAUGGAGGGCACUCGUACUGCCGCAACCCAGGGAACAAACAUGAGGCCCCCUGGUGCCUCACACUGGACGAGGGGGUCCGCAUGGAGCUCUGUGACAUACCCAUCUGUGACCAUAAAGACAAGUCUGGUGGCAGCAACAUGGAGAUCUUGUACAUCCUGGUUCCCAGUGUGGCCAUCCCAUUAGCCAUUGCCUUGCUGUUCUUCUUCAUUUGUGUGUGCCGCAACAACCAGAAGUCCUCCAGGCCUCCUGCCCCCCGCCAGCCCAAACCGGUCCGAGGACAAAACGUUGAGAUGUCCAUGCUGACAACUGCAUACAAGCCGAAGAGUAAGGCCAAAGAGCUUCCCCUGUCAGCAGUGCGUUUCAUGGAGGAGCUCGGAGAGUGCCCUUUAGGGAAGAUCUACAAGGGUCACCUGUAUCUACCUGGCAUGGAUCAGGCACAGCUUGUGGCCAUAAAGACCCUGAAGGAUAUCUCCAGUGCCCAGCAGUGGGGUGACUUCCAGCAGGAGGCUGCCGUGCUGACAGAGCUACAACACCCAAACGUGGUGUGCCUGCUGGGUGUGGUGACCCAGGAGCAGCCCGUCUGUAUGCUGUUUGAGUUUCUCCCUCAAGGUGACCUCCACGAGUUCCUCAUCAUGCGUUCACCACACUCUGAUGUCGGCUGCAGCAGCGAUGAGGACGGCACGGUGAAAUCCAGCCUGGAUCAUGGAGACUUCCUGCAUAUGGCCAUACAGGUGGCUGCUGGGAUGGAGUAUUUGUCAAGUCACUUCUACAUUCACAAAGACCUCGCUGCUCGGAACAUUUUAGUAGGCGAACAGCUCCACGUUAAGAUCUCUGACCUGGGUCUCUCCAGAGAGAUCUACUCCUCAGACUACUACUGCAUCCAGCCCAAAACCCUACUGCCCAUCCGCUGGAUGCCUCCCGAGGCCAUCGCCUACGGCAAGUUCACCACAGACUCAGACAUCUGGUCAUUCGGAGUUGUGCUGUGGGAGAUCUUCAGUUACGGCCUGCAGCCAUAUUACGGCUUCUCCAACCAGGAAGUGAUGGAGAUGGUGAGGAAGAGGCAGCUGCUGCCCUGCCCCGAGGACUGCCCGCCAAGAUUCUAUGGUUUGAUGACUGAGUGCUGGCAGGAGGGACCAGGACGCAGACCGAGGUUCAAGGACAUCCACGUCCGCCUGCGAGCCUGGGAGGGGCUGUCAUCCCACGCCAGUUCCAGCACACCCUCUGGGGGCGGAGGCAACGCCACCACCCAGACCACCUCACUCAGUGCCAGCCCUGUGAGCAACCUCAGCAACCCCCGCUAUGCCGCAGCCGCCGCCGCAGCAGGAUACCUCUACCCAGCCCAGGCUAUUCCUUCGCCCGGCCAGAUGGCUCCGAUUCCAGCCUGGACGCCCAUGGCUGUGCCCCAAACCCACCAGCGCUUUAUCCCCGUCAAUGGAUACCCCAUCCCGCCAGGGUACGCCGCUUUUCCCGCCCACUUCCCUCCCCCGGCUCCGCCCACUAGGGUAAUCCAGCACCACCUGCCGCCUCCUAAAAGCCGCUCACCCAGCAGCGCUAGCGGUUCCACCAGCACGGGUCACGUAAGCGGUGUACCCUCCACCACGGGCUCCAACCACGACGCCAACGCGCCGCUGCUUUCCCACUGCAUCAUGCCGGGGAGCGGCGGAGGGCCGGCUCAGGUGUAUGGACAAGUUUCCCAGAAGGGGGGGAUGGGGCAGCUGGAACACGCGUCACAAACGGCAGCGCUGCUCGGUGCUGAUUCUGACGUACUGAUGUACAACGACUCGGUCAUCACCGCAGACCUGUAGAUAGUUAGACGGAUACUCACACUCUUUCUUCUUGGGACCUAAACAUGAGAAGUUUUGCCUUUCACCCAGGGACCUGGUCUAAUAAGAGACCGGACAGAAACAGGCCUGGAGGCACAUCUGGGUGUGCAAGAAACACUGUCGCAGCUACACAAGUAUAUACACAGCUGUUUGACUUUUCAAUGCCUUAUUGUUUAAAGCAAGUGUACUUACUACCAUGGUUUGAAAAUGUUAUUAUUUUAACCUCUGUGUAAAUACGGUACAUAAGUCCUGAAUGAAUGAAAUACAAAGAUAUAUAUUCAAAAGAACAUUUUAUUAUGGAAAAACACUUUUAGGUGAAAAAGUAGCGAAUCCAUCCUGUGUCCUUACCUUACCUUGCCUUGCAGCAGUGGUGUGACUUGCUUGUGUCCGGACAUUAAAAUGCAAAAAUGUGCUGUACAGAAAGAAAAUUGCGUUUAGCAAGUGAUAACCAAGCGAUCAACAGUGGGAAGAGCAGCCUGAGCAAACCAGGGGUGUGGAGGCUUUUACUGAGAAUACCAGCAGCGACCUGCCCACAUACAACAGCAGACAAGGCGUACAGGUGAUGUACCCUGCCCCGAAAAACUGGACCCUGAAGCUAAACUUUAGCAUGUUAGAUUGUUACAUGAGCGCUUCUUUUCACACAGAAUUCAUUUUCACACAGAAUCCUUUCAGAAAUGACACCUGAAUGUUUUUGUGCAGCCUCAGCUUGACUAUCUGAGACUUCUGCAACAUGGACACAGGACUCUUUGCCUUUUUCAAACCUCAGUAUGCUGCAAGCUGUCCAGGCUGAGAAACAAGGAAGGAGGGGUUUUUAAAUUUUUUAUUAGAGAUUGAAUAUUAAACUGAGCAUCAGCCUUUCAUCCUCCCUUCAUUUCCCCAUCUUCCCUACAUGAAUAUACAGACCGUUAAUGCCUCUCAGCCUUCUCCGUGCUCCCUUCAGCAUUCUGUCCUCUUACCUUCCUGUCUCUAACUUCCACCCUCCCAGCAGAUACAGCAUUUAACUUCAAAGCUGGCUGCAGAGAUCCGGAUCUACAAAUGAAAUCAUGGCAGCGUUCAUAUCCUCCACAGCUAAACUGGACUGCUCUCAGGGCAAACACUUGAUUCACCAUGUAAGGGCUAGGGUCAAUUUUACUGUCAGUAAUGUGAGCGGAAAUUUCAACCCACACAAAAGAACAUUUUUAUUGUAGAUUGGAUGUGAUAUCUUAAUUUCUAUGGCUGAGGUUUUUUGUAAUUUUGAAGGAAUUUACAGAUUUUAUUGACAGGGCUUUGUCUUCAUAUCUCUGUCCUUUACUUUUCCUGUUUCACAGAGUCUGUAUUGUGCAAAAAUAUCAUAAAAGACAUGGAGGAAUGAAAGUGCACAAAGCAGGGAGGGUAAAAAUACAUAACACUCAUAAUACCGUAGAUAGUGCUAUCAUUAACAAAACAGACAGAAAAUAAAAAUGAAUUUUAUGAGCUGGGGACAGAUUGUAAUACUGUGUGUAGAGAGAUUUAUGUAUGUUGCUUUUAUCUGGCUCUGCAUCAGUAAAUGGAGACGUUUUUACAACAACUGGCACCAACUGUUCUAACUUGAAGGCGAUCCACAACAAGAGCAAGGUUUAAAUGGAAAAAUCUAAAUUGCCUUCUCUGUUUGAGUCUCUCUAAUAACAGCUGUAUUUAUAUUUGAACAUAUCCAGUGUCCAGUAGCAUGUAAUCAUGUAUGGUUUGGAUGCAUUUACUCUGAUAAUCCUUUUGUGAUAUGAAGAAGUGUGUGUGUUUGGUAAACGACUAACUCUCAGUCCUGUAAUCGCACGGGUGAUGCCUCAUCUGUCUGUUUUUGUUUCAUGAUUAUGGUUGAUUAGAAGCAUGGCUAAACAUGAAGCUUUUGUUAUUAAGAAAAGUCGCAGAGCCAGCUGCAGUAACAGAACCGUUUAUGAUCUUAAUUGUUAUUAUUGUUAUGAAAUUACCCCCCGCAACCCCCAGUACCUGUGUAGUAGACAAUCAUUAGUUUUGGUCAUUCAGAAGUAAGUUUUGCACUCUGCUGUUGUUUACAGAGCAAUCAGCUAUAUUUGUUAAUCAAGCAUACAUUUUACAUGACACAAGUGUGCUCAUAAAACACUAAAAACACAGUGCAUUGUUGAAUAUCCAAGUCUUCAAUAGACAAUUAUUGAAUGGAGGUAAACAAGACUCUAUCCUGUUCACUCCAGUAUUCAGUUCUUUUAGUCUUAAAGACAUAUAAAAAUAAUAAAUAAAUCAGAUUUACAUCAAUCAGACUGAGCUGUAGUUUCCCCCUGAAAAAAAAUUAUUUAAACCAAAUAUUGUCAACAGAGAAGCUGAUUGUCUGCCUGAUGAAGGGAGAAGUUUUUGUUUCCAACUCUGGAAGAGAUUUGUUUCUCAUAUCAAAUCCAGUCCAAAAUUAUUUGAAUUAUUUGAAGUAAACUUUUCCAUCAAGUUUUUAUUUCAUUGCUACCUUUUGUCUCCGUACUGUACUCUUUGUUGUUUCCUCUGAAGCAGAGUGAGCUACCUAGGCAUCUGAGUUUGUACACGUGACCUCCAGCAUGUAAAGGAUGAAUGUGUACUGCUAUAACAGUGCAAAAACCACUUGUACAGAAGACUGUGAAUCUUAAUCAAGUCUAGGUAUUUUUGUUUUAUUUGGCAAAAACAAAUCAUUAUUUUACCUUUUUUUGUUUUAUUCUAGAUCUGUUUUUUUUUUUUUUUAAGAAAAACAUCAUACAAAUAAAUUUAUAUUUCAGUAACAGUGUACCCAUCACAAAAGGUUUACAUUCUUAUCCUUUUGACCAAGAGAUGCCUUGUCUUUGUAUUUUGUCUGAACAUUUUUGCACAGAUGUUUUGUAUUGCAAAAUCAUUUAUUAAAUGAUGUUGUUUGGUUAACUUUG